UAUCUCUCCAGGAAGAAGGGCGAGGGUGUUUGUUUCAUGAUUAACUACUCAUGGUGUGAUUGUGAUAACGUACAGGAACUCAAGUCCUUUUGUUGACCCAACCUAGAAUACCUCACCAUCAAAUGCUGACCGUAUUACCUCCCAAGAGAAUUCUCUUCGGUUAAAGUCACAGUCGUGUAUAUUCCUCCUCAAGCUAACACCAUGACGGGCCACAAAGAACUUCAUUGGACUUAAUGCAAACUGGAAACCACAUAUCAUGAGGCAGCAUUUAUUGUACCUGGGGACUUUAAUUGAGCAAAUUUGAGUAAAACGUUACCGAAGUUCUAUAAAGUUAUUGCGGGUGUAGCGAAAAGCCAUCUGCUUAACACGUGUAUAUGACAAAUAAAAUGUGAUUUGAUAGGUGCCCUUCUUUGUGAGACAUUGGAAAACCUCCCUGGCCUUUGCGGUUGAAUCUGUGUUUGAAAUUCACUGCUCGUCUGAGGGAACUUACAAUUUAUCUGCAUGUGUGGGGAAACAGAGAUGAGAUUCAAAAAUGUUAAAUACUAUUAUUGCACACAGAGUCCAUGCAACUUAGUAUGUGAAUUGUUAGGCUCCCCAUAAGAAUGGGAUGAAUGCUUAUUGACUCAAGACAUUUCAUUUGAAAAUGUAAUACAUGUUAGAUUUCAGGCUGUAACACAACACAAUGUGGAAAAAGUUGAGGGGUUUGGAUACUUUGUGAAGGCACAGUAUGGGUUAUACAAUUAUUGUGGAACUGUGAAUGUUUUUGCUUCCUCAAAUGUGAUCCGUUUUCAUUUCAAUACAAAACAGAUGCAAUGAGCUCUUAAUUACUGGCUUCCCUUUUUCCCCCAUUCUGACCUUUGCCUACUAAUCAUCAUUCUUCUUUAAUUCAGUGUGAUUUGGUCAUACUUUAGAAAGUUGUGUAGGCUAUCUGCUUUGUGUUUUCGAUGGAAAUGUUACAUAUCAAAAGUUAACUUUUUUUAAUAUAUACUUUUUCUUUUUGAUUCUUGGUCUUGUCCAGUUUUUCUGAGGGAGGAAGCUUUACUGUACAAUAUACUCCUGAAACAUGAUAAAUGAGCUGAAUCAAUAAAACCCUGAUUUGUGUACUCAAUCUCAAAUGCUUAAUUGCAUUUUUGAAAAUGAGCAUAUACAAAUUCCAAGACAUUUACCAUUUUAUGCAGUGGGUGAUUUUAUUUCCUCACCUCAUCUUGCAUGUAUGUGUGUUUCUGGAGGAGGAGCAGUUCCUGGAAGUUUUGCCAGUUUUUCUCCCUGCAGUUGAUCUCUUGACAGAUGAGGCUGCAUGUACAGACUGGAUGGCACAGAUACAUUUAGGAAAAGUUCAAUUUAAGAAAGAUGUUUACAUUUUCAAACAACAUUUGACAGGGUGAAAUAUGAGAAACAGGCCUUCGGUAUGCUGUUUAAAAACGACUGGCAAAAAUUACACAAAACAUCUAGUAUCACUUUAAUACUCUUAUUUUUCAUCCUCUGUAUUCUAUUUUAGCCUGAUACAUUUACGUGGAGCUUUUUUUAAAUGUUUAUCUCUGGUUGGCAUUUAGGCAAAUAGCCUAUUAUGUCCUUCCUUACAUGCUCAGGAGAUGAUCCAUCCAGUGUCUCUGCCUAAAGUCACAGCCACCUGUAUGGUAAGGCCUGACCACAGGAGUAGCAGUGUGGGACGUGUCUCUAUGAAGAUCAAAGGGGCCAGCACAAGUUUCGACAGUUCUAGUGAGAGGAUGAGAGAAGCUGCUUCCUCGCAGAUGAGUGUGCAUGCUUGGUCGCCCGCGUACAAUUUGCAAACCAAACACUUCUAAAGAAACGUAAUUUGUGUUUAAACAACGACAUUCUAUUUUGUUUGUAGUAGUUUUUUCGUCAAUGUUCACGAUGUUACCCGCGAAAUAUAGUAGUGUUAUAGUUUUCUUCACAACUUUUUGGUUUUACGCAACUUUGACACACGGGAGUGGAUUUAGUCAUUCAACUAUUUUGGACCCUCAUGGGAAGUAUAAUCUAAAGUGGAGGUUUGACCGGAGAACUAUUACUUUUGAAAUAGAAGUGGAAACUAGAGGAUAUAUAGGAUUUGGUCUAUCUCCCAACGGUGCCAUGGCGUCGUCAGACAUUGUCAUUGGUGGAGUCGCGGAUGGGACACCGUAUCUACAGGAUUACUUUGCAGACGCCAACAGAAAAGUGCACAGAGAUGUGCAGCAGAACUACAGGCUGCAGUAUGGCAGGGAGAACAGUACACACACAGUCCUGGCUUUCAGCAGGCACCUCCUGACCUGUGACACAAGUGACAAGGACAUCACGGAAAGCACAGUGAGGGUGAUAUGGGCCUACCACAGUGAGGAUGUGGGACCGUCAGGACCGAUGUACCAUGGAGUGAACAGGGGGAGGAAGAGUAUGCGGCUACUCGACCCAGGAAGUAAAGCUAAUGUUUCCUCUGAGAUGGACUUUUUCAACUUGCAAAACAUAAACGUGCCAGUGCCAUUCAAGGACACUACCUACUGGUGUCAGAUAUUUAAGAUCCAGGAGGUUCAGAAGAAGCACCAUAUCAUUAGAAUUGAGCCUUUGAUUCAAAGGGGCCAUGAAAACCUGGUUCAUCACAUUUUGUUGUAUCAAUGUGAUAGCACCUUGAAUGAGAGUGAGCUCAAGGCUGGCCAUGAAUGUUACCAUCCAAAUAUGCCUGACUCCUUUCUCACGUGUGAGACGAUAGUCUUCGCCUGGGCCAUUGGUGGCGAGGGGUUCACCUACCCACCCCAUGUUGGGCUGUCCAUUGGCACAUCAAUAGACCCUGUCUAUGUCCUGAUGGAGGUCCACUAUGACAACCCAGCCUUUCAACAAGGAGUGGUGGACAGCUCUGGCCUGCGUCUGUUCUACACCCCAGAGUUGCGUCAGUAUGACGCAGGAGUGAUAGAGACAGGUGUGUGGGUGAGUCUGUACCACAUGCUGCCUCCAGGCAUGCAGGAGUACAUCUCAGAGGGACACUGUACCCGCGAGUGUUUGCAGGAGUCCCUAGGCCAGGAGAUGCCCAGCGGAGUUAGGGUGUUUGCUGUUCUGAUGCAUGCUCACCUAGCUGGCCGCGCCAUCAGAACCAGACACUUCCGGGGACAGGAGGAGCUGCAGCCCCUGUCACAUGAUGAGGAGUUUGACUUCAACUUCCAGGAGUUCCAGCUGCUGAAGGACGAGAGGCUGCUGUUACCUGGUGACAAUUUGAUCACAGAAUGCAAGUACACCACAAAAGACAGACAAAACAUGACCUGGGGUGGUUUGACCACCAGGGAUGAGAUGUGUCUGUCCUACCUGCUCUACUAUCCCAGAGUGAAUCUGGCCAGGUGUGAGAGCCUCCCUGAGAUCAUCGGGCAGCUUAAGUUCAUCGGAGUCAAAGAGAUCCAGGUGCCUGUCACGACCUGGCCUUUCAUGAUCAAGAGCCCAAAGAAGUACAGCAGCCUCUCCUUCACAGAGGCCAUGGACAAGUACAGGUGGUCGAAGAACAGAGGGAAGUCCUUCAACGAGAUGGUUCUACAGCUGCCCAUGAAUGUGCGCUGCUCCAAGUGGGGGCAGGACGAGUGGUCGAUUCAAGGGACCAUAGUGUCACCACCAGAGGUGAAGUCCGAAGUCAAGCCUCCCUCCACGAUGUGCCGUUCUGCCUCAGAGCCACACAGUGGAGUGGUUCUACUCUUUACCAUGUGCCUCACGUACUCUAUAGUCCAGACCUGUUUAAGCCUUUAGUCUAUAGCCAGACCACUGUGUGAAUCACACCACUCACUCUCUCACACCGGCUGUGGAAGAUGUUGUUUGACUGAAGAAGACAUUCCUAGAAUCUCUCCGCCCUAUUCAUUCAUUAUGUGUUAUUGGGAUGUCUGUUGAAUGCAAAUUCAGUCUUUGAUCAGCAACAAUAGAAGACGGUUCUAGAAUGACUUCUCUGACUUGAUCGGAGUGUGAAUUAUUAUAAGGAAUCUUCCAUCGGAUGGGCUGAAGUUCACAUGUUGGAAAAAAAAUGUUUUGUUGUUGUCUAAAUAUAUACAUGUAUAAACCAUACUUUUUAUA